AUGUCGCAGCCUAGUGCGGGCGAGGUCGAGCCCGGGGAUGCACCAUCCGAGUUCUCGCUGGCUGAUAUCGAUGCUGGUGAGGUCGAAACUGACAGCGACGAUGAAGCGUAUAUCAUCGAUCAAAGCGACCAAGUCAUGGCAGAGAAGAAGGCCUUGCCCCCCAGGGUUGUGGCUUUCGCAGAGGGCAUGUCAAACCAAAAGCUGACUCACCACAUGCAAUCGAUGAAGGGAGGCAGAGGGCUUACAUAUACCGCUGGCAUGGAACGUGCCCAAAGUCUGCAUGUCGCUGUCAACGAGGAAGAUCUGAAAGCAGGCCAGUGGGCAAUGGUCCUCGCUCUGAAGACUUACUUCGAAAACGAGCCCAAAGGGGAAAUGUGGCGGAAGGUGUCUGAGGCGCUGUACGAAGAGACCUUGCGCAAUGCCACCGGCGAAAACAAGUUCGAAGGCGUUCUUCUCAUUCCUGCUCAAACGCUUGAGAGGAUGUAUACAAAGCAGAAAGCGCGUGGCUGGUCAGCGUUGCUGAUUGAUCGCCAAAUCAUGACUAUCGAGUAUCCUGAAAUCAGGGUUGGACCGGUCAGAGAGGAAAGCACGAAGGGCUACUUGGAGAAGUGGUUCGCAAAGGUUCCAUGGGCACGCUUCUGGGAGGACGCUGAGGGACAUCUGCAUAUCCAAGGCGAGGACAAGGACGGCUUCCUGUGGUGA